AGACCACACCUCCUACCUACUCGAUCGAAAAGAACCCCACCUGGCCACCUUCCCCGAGCCCGCGACUGACGGCUCAGCUUCCGCGCGGCACGGUCAAACGGACACCGCAGGCGGCAGGCCGGCCGAAGAGCACAAGCGAGCAAGUCCAAACCGGAAGAGGCGAUCGCUAGCCGCGAGUGCGGGGCGGCCAUCAUCAUGGCGGCGAGCGCGAGGGGGAGCGUGUGGGAGAUCCAGCCGCGCGACGUGGAGGCGGCGGGGCUCGCCGCAGCCGACGCGGCCGCGUUCGUCGCCGCGCUCCGCUCCGCCGCGGCCGCCGCGGGCUCGGGAGCCACGCGGGACGCCGUGUGGGCGGCGGUUGCGGCGGCGGGGGUGCUGCGGCCGGAGCACCCGCACGCGCUCCACCAGCUCGUCUACUACUCCACCUACGCUGGGUGGGACCGCGACGCCCGGGGCCCGCCGCCGUACUGGUUCCCGUCUCCAAUUGACUGUAAGCAAACAAACCUGGGGAGAUUGAUGGAAGCAAAUGGACCAAAGCUGUUAGGAUCAUCAUACAAGGACCCUAUAUCAAGUCUUAGCCACUUUUACAGGUUUUCCGUAGAGAACCAAGAGGUCUACUGGUCAAUGGUGCUAAAGCAACUAGCAGUCAAUUUUAAACAAGAACCAAGGUCAAUUCUGAGUACAUCAGAUAGAUCAAAGAAAGGGGGGACAUGGCUUCAAGGUGCAGUGCUCAAUAUAGCUGAAUGUUGUCUGCUGCCUUGUCCUUCCCUGAAGAGGACAGAUGACAGUACAGCUAUCAUUUGGAGGGAUGAAGGCCUUGAUGAUUAUCCAGUGAACCGUAUGUCACUGAAGGAGCUUCGCGGUCAAGUGAUAACUGUUGCACAUGCCUUAGAUGCCAUGUUUGAGAAGGGGGACCGGAUUGCAAUAGACAUGCCUAUGACAUGCAAUGCAGUCAUAAUAUAUUUGGCGAUCAUCCUUGGUGGCUUUGUUGUUGUAUCUAUAGCGGAUAGUUUUGCACCUCAGGAGAUUGGUAGUCGUAUGGGUGUCUCAAAAGCAAAAGCAAUUUUUACCCAGGAUUUCAUUGUUAGAGGAGGGAAGAAAGUUCCACUUUACAGUCGUGUCGUACAAGGGACUUCGUCUAAAGCUGUUGUGAUUCCUGCAAUUGGAGACUCUAUUGGAAUUACGCUAAGGAAUGGUGAUAUGUCAUGGAAAGAUUUUCUUUCUCGUGCUGCUGGAAGGUCAUCUUCUUAUUCUCCAGUUUAUCAAUCUGUGGAUGCACUAACUAAUAUACUAUUUUCUUCAGGAACAACUGGGGAGCCAAAAGCAAUACCGUGGACACAACUUUCUCCCAUAAGAUGUGCAUCUGAUACCUGGGCGCAUUUGGAUGUUCGUCCAUGUGAAAUAGGUUGCUGGCCAACUAAUCUGGGCUGGGUUAUGGGACCAAUAAUCAUAUACUCAUGCUUUCUAAAUGGGGCGGCUUUGGCUUUAUAUCAUGGAUCUCCACUUGGACGCGAUUUCUGCAAGUUUGUACAGGAUGCUGGUGUGACUGUAUUAGGAAGUGUGCCUAGCUUGGUGAAGUCAUGGAAAGCUGGGAACUGUGCUGAAGGGCUUGACUGGACCAAAAUCAGAGUACUAGGCACAACAGGGGAGGCUUCUGAUAUUGAUGACAAUCUGUGGCUAACUUCGCGUGCCUCAUACAAGCCCAUUGUUGAGUGCUGUGGGGGCACAGAGUUGGCAUCCUCAUACAUUCAAGGGAGUCUUUUGCGACCACAGGUCUUUGGAGCUUUUAGUGGUGCAUCAAUGUCCACUGGGUUUGUCAUACUUGAUGAACAGGGAACUCCGUAUCCUGAUGAUGUACCUUGCACUGGAGAAGUGGGUCUCUUCCCUUUGUAUUUUGGUGCUAGUGAUCGACUUCUCAAUGCUAAUCAUGACAAGGUUUACUUUGAUGGAAUGCCCAUUUAUAAAGGAAGGCAACUCAGACGACAUGGAGAUAUAAUCCAGAGGACAGUAGGUGGGUACUAUAUUGUACAGGGAAGGGCGGAUGACACCAUGAACCUUGGAGGAAUUAAGACCAGUUCAGUUGAGAUAGAGCGGGUAUGCAACAGAGCUGACGAGUGUCUGCUAGAAACAGCAGCAGUUAGCAUCAAGCCUUCUGGCGGGGGACCAGAACAUCUAGCUAUCUUAGCAGUGCUAAAAGAUAGAUCGGCCCAGUAUGACGUGAAUCUUCUCAAGAGGAAGUUUCAGACAGCCAUUCAGAAGAACCUUAACCCUCUCUUCAAGGUGAGCUAUGUCAAAGUCGUUCCUGAGUUCCCAAGAACAGCUUCGAACAAGCUGCUGAGAAGGGUUCUGAGGGAUCAACUAGCGCAGGAACUCUCAAAUCGGAGCAAGCUAUGACCUUUGGGAUUGUUCGGCCUUCUUUCAAAUAAAGGAGGCAUCGUUUACCGCGUGUCCAUUGUUGAUGUGUUGUGUUGUAUUAUACUAUUGUCAAUGCAUGUCAAGAUGAUACUACAAAAUUUUCCCCUCUUUUGUAAAACUUCAAGCCUUAUACGUUUGUUGCCCUUUUGAAAAGGGAACCAUAUUCCAGAGAACGUUUGUAAAGGGCAAUACAUUUUAUCUGAUCAUUUGAAAGACUAAAAUUCAAAGAACCCAGAUGUUGCACUGGGGUUGUGUGUGUGUCAAAUGAUAGUGUUGACGAAUAAACCGGGUGCGUGCAUGAUUGUGUUACAUGCUAUGUACCAAUCGGUGGCAAUUGCAUCAAA